GUGAAUUCCAGUGAAGGGGAACAGCCUGUUCAAAGUCAUGGAGGCCGGAGAUGGAAUGCUGAGUUUGGGGAACAGCGAGUAGACCAGUUUGGCUGGAAGGGGCGUAACGUGAAAUAAGCGUGGAAAGGGAGUCCCUUUGUGAGAGCCCCAUGAGGGCAGAGGCAUCAUGGAAAGCACACCCAGCUACGUGCAAGACGCCCCCACCUGGGAGAAGCCAGCAUCAGAGAAUGGCAUCAGACAGGAGCCAGGCACUUUGCCACGGGGUCCACAUCAUGGGCCACUGUGCCUGGGGGAGCCUGCUCCCUUUUGGAGAGGAGCCCUGAGCACCCCAGACUCUUGGUUUCCACAUGGCUUACCCCAUGGCUCAAAUGACCCACUUCCAUUCUUGGGGGGUGAGGGACCCCGUAAUGGUGAGGGAAAGGCUGGAUGGUUGGGGGCCAAAGAGGGGCUGCGAUGGAAGGAAGCAAUGCUAGCCCACCAGCUGGCACUCUGUGGGCAGCCAUACCCACCCCGUCAUAACCUCCUGCCCCCAGAGCAAGGUGGCAGCCACCCCAAGAAUGACCCAUUGGCUUUCCGGCCCUUACAUUGCCCCUUCCUUCUGGAGACCAAGAUCCUAGAGAGGACCCCUUUCUGGGUGCCCACCUGCCUGCCUCCUUACUUGGUGCCCAGCCAGCCCCACGAUCGGCCUUCUGACUGGCCCCUAGCUCCUUAUCCUUGGGCAUACCUGGGGGCCCAGCCCAAGAGUCCUCCUGCUUUCAGCUCAGGAAGCAAGGGCUUUUAUCACAAAGAUCUAGGCAUACCUCGCCUGGCAAAAGAGAUGUUGACCACUGCUGAACCUGGGUUGUUGGGCGUAGCCCCUGGUGGGCAUCUUCAGAGAGCUGGGGAGAUGGAUCGGUCCCUACCCUACCAAAAGGAUGGGGAGUCAGGGGCCAAUGGGCACCAGAACCUUUGCCCACUUCUUGGGGGGUGCCCAGAUAUAAUCAGCAGCCGGACCGUCUGGCCUACUCAUCCCCCAGGCCUGGUUCAUACUCUCGGCAGUUCCUGGGUAGUGCCUCGAAAUGGGAACCUCAGAAACCCUCAACCAGGGCCACCCUCUGGGUCAGAGUGCCCUUCACCAGGGCAGUCUGUCAGUCAGGUGGGCUGCUGUCCGUCCCAUCUGCCUGCUGGAGAUGGGAGUCAUAGCCACUGUGGAAAGUGCGAGGCAGGCACAGAAGGUGGCACUAGUGGGACAGCUGGGUCCACUGAAGAAGUCGGCAAGCAUCCUGGGCCUGGGGCCUGCCCCCCGAGCCACCAUACCAAGCUGAAGAAGACCUGGCUCACUCGGCACUCUGAGCAAUACGGGUGUUUGGCGGGGUGCCCAGGGGAGGAGAUGGGCCCAACCACUCAGGUUGGGUCCCUCAAGAGGGAGGCAAGUCCUGAGAUGGGGGGAGCAGCUGCUAGUCCAGCCCCCAAGCGUCCAGCUGACCCCUUCCCAGGCAGUGAGGGGCGGGGGGCUGGGAGCUGGCAGGAAGCUUCGGAACCACCCCCUGGGAGCAAGGCUGAGAGGACAGAACACGAUGGCUGGAGAGGAUUCCUGGGCAGCAGGCCUGGCCUUGAUGGACUUGAGCUCCAGAGUGUGCCUUGCACAGCGCUGCCAGCAGGAAUGACCCGUUGCCAGAGCUGUGCCCUUGGGGAAAGGGAAGAUAAAGAGUUGGCUUGUCAGUUUCUGAAUGUGCGAAGGUUACCUUUAAGGGGAGCAAGGACACCAGAAGGUGAAGCUAGCCAUACUGAGGAGGGCAGAGGCCUCAGGCCCAGUCCAGACACCAAGCUGAGUGUGAAUCUUGCCAAAUAUCUGCUGAAUAGCCUGGGAGACAGAUUCUGUAGACUGCUUCGGAGGGAGCGGGAGGCCCUUGCCUGGGCUUUUGAGGAAGUGGGAGAGCCCACUCCUUCCUCUAUCCCAUGGGAGGACCCCAAUGCCCCAAGAUCCUGUAGCCGCUGCUACCGUGGACUCUUCAACACCCACUGGGGCUGUCCUCACUGCUGCUACAGGCUCUGUUUGGCCUGUGGCCAUUUUGGGAGGGCCAGGGACACCACAGGCCCUCAGGAGCAGCCCCAGGAGGGUUGUGCCCACAGCACUGGGCAUGAUGCCCACUCUCUUACGCUGACCCAGUUUGUCCCCAGCCAGGCCCUGGCAGAGCUCAGCACCAAGAUGCACCAAGUCCGGGCCAAGUUUGACAUCCGAGGUCAUUGUCCUUGCCAAGCUGAUGCUCGAGUGUGGGCUCCUGGGGAUAGAGGACAGAAGAAGGAGCCAACAGAGAAAACUCCUCCAGCUCCACAAUCCUCUUGCAAUGGUGAUGCACACAGAACCAAGGAAAUUAAAGAAGAGGCCACAGACUCCACUGAAACUCCAGGAGAAGCCCCAGGAGGCCGACGAUCCCUGCCCUGCCCCUCCCUCUGUGAACUUCUUGCUUCCACAGCUGUCAAGCUCUGCCUGGGCCAUGAGCGAAUCCACAUGGCCUUUGCCCCUGUGACCCCAGCCCUGCCCAAUGACGAUCGCAUCACCAACAUCCUGGAUAGUAUCAUUGCCCAGGUGGUGGAGAGGAAGAUUCAAGAGAAAGCGCUGGGGCCAGGGCUUCGGAAGGGACUUGGCCUGCCCAGCCCUCCUACUCCACGUGGCCUGCCUUCUCGUGGGGCCCUGCUGUGGCUUCAGGAACCCCAACACCGACACAACUUCCACCUCUUCCAGGAACACUGGAGACAGGGCCAGCCCGUGCUGGUAUCUGGACUACAGAGAACUCUGCAGAGCAGUCUUUGGGGGCCAGAAGCCCUUGGGGCGCUGGGGGGGAAGGUGCAGGCCCUGAGCCUCCUUGGGCCUCCUCGGCCUAUGGACCUGGGCAGUACAGCUUUCUGGAAGGGUUUCUCCCGGCCAGAGGCUCGUCCAAAGCUAGACAGUGGGUCCCUCCUUCUUUUGCAUAGAAAUCUAGGCGAGCCAGAGUCCAGCAGAUCAGAGAACCUGGCUGCCAGCCUGCCACUCCCAGAAUAUUGUACCAGUCAUGGGAAACUCAACCUGGCUUCCUACCUCCCUCCCAUCCCUACCCUCUGCCGGCUAGAGCCACAACUCUGUGCCUCUUAUGGUGUGAGCCCACAGCACGGGCACCUGGGGACCAAGAAUCUGUGUGUGGAAGUAACAGACCUCAUCAGUGUCCUGGUCCAUGCAGAAGCACCAGUACCUACUUGGCACCGGGCACAGAAAGAACUCCUGACAUGCCUGGAAGGUGAGGGGCUGUGGUCCCCAGGUAGCCAGGUGGGCGCUGUGUGGCAUGUGUUUCGGGCACAGGACGCCCAGCGCAUUUGUCGCUUUCUCCAGAUGGUGUGCCCCGCUGGAGCAGGCACCCUGGAUCCAGGAUCCCCAGGCAGCUGCUACCUGGACACUGCACUGCGUAGACGCCUCCGGGAGGAGUGGGGUGUGAGCGGCUGGACCCUUCUGCAGGCCCCUGGAGAGGCUGUGCUGGUGCCUGCAGGGGCCCCUCACCAGGUGCAGGGCCUGGUGAACUCGGUCAGCGUCACCCAGUAUUUCCUGUCUCCUGAAACCAUUGGCCUCUCCACCCAGCUCUGCCACCAGGCACCCAACUUGCCCCCUGAUGCCCGCCAAGUUUAUAGCCAGAUGGACUGGGCCAUAUUUCAAGCGGUGAAGGAGGCUGUAGGAACCUUACACGAUUCUAAAUAGGGGGAACCCAGUCUUUCAGGGUAGGAAGGGAAGCACAGAUAAGACAAAGCAAACACCAGCAUGCCAACUGGGUGUUUGCCCCAGCAGCUCAUCCCUGGGCAUCAAUUGGGGAAGAUGCUAAAAAUCUUGGGCACCAACCCCAUGGGCAUCUCUCUAGUCACGAGCAAGGCAUGAUCUCCCAAGGCAGCCCUUCUUGAACUCUACAACCAAUACGCAGAGUACUGCCAAUGCUUGUGUCCGCUCUGAUACCACUCUGCUCAUCCACCUAAGGCUGGCACUGAAUAAGGGCUCAGCUCUUCUGAUAUGUGUUCUCCCUCCUCCUCUAGUACAUGGUCUCAAAUGCCCACAGGGAUCCCAUGACAAGAAAAACAGUCCUUCCCAGGCACCUGGGUGAACUUGGGAAAUCAGUCUGACUUAAACUAUGCCACUGCCUUCUUGCCCUCAGCACUCUACUUUUGCCUAAAGUCUCUUCCCUGUCUUCCCAUCCUAGAUGAAUCCCCUGGGGGAGUCCUUCCCACCAUCACCCUUUGCCAAAUGGGCACUAUGAGGCAACAGGAAACUUCCUGAUUCUACUUGCCUUAUAGAGGGGCUAAGAGGGCAGGGGAUUAGAUGGAGGUGAGGGAUACUCCAGAGCUUGCAGGGUCUGCUGGCGGGACCAUGGUCUGGGUGGCACUGCCCCUCUUUUCCUUAUGAGUUUGAGUACCCAUUAAAGUUUGUGUUGUUUUGUGAAUA